GUAUAGACAACUCAGACUAUCCGGAAACUUUGUUCAACUUCCGUCAUAGGAUUUAUCUUGUCAGUGUUGUGAUACAAAAUGAAAACAAUUCCGCGAUUAUUUAGAUUUGUGUAAUAUUCAAGAGGAAAAUGAAACUAUAAGGAGUAUCUUCCAAGCGUGUUCGUAGAAGGAAUAGAUUUUGAUUUUUUUGUGAAAGACAGCGGCUGAACUUGGUGAAAAUGCCGUACCAUUGGCAAAGUCACAAUGUCAAGACGAGUGGAGUGGAUGACAUGGUUCUUUUACAAAAAAUAUCAGAGUCAGCCAUCGUGGAAAACCUGAAAAAGAGGUUUAUGGAAGAUUGUAUUUAUACAUAUAUUGGUCCUGUAUUGGUAUCAGUAAAUCCAUUUAAACAACUUAACAUUUACUCUGAAAGAGAAAUAGAAAUGUAUCAAGGAGCUGCACAGUAUGAGAAUCCACCACAUGUGUAUGCGUUAACAGAUAACAUGUAUCGUAAUAUGUUAAUAGAGAUGGAGAACCAAUGUGUUAUUAUCAGUGGUGAGAGUGGAGCUGGUAAAACAGUGGCAGCUAAGUAUAUCAUGGCAUAUAUAGCUAAAGUUUCCGGUGGUGGUCCUUUAGUACAGAGAGUAAAAGAUAUUAUAUUAGAAUCAAAUCCUUUAUUAGAAGCUUUUGGUAAUGCCAAAACAGUUAGAAAUAAUAAUUCAAGUAGAUUUGGUAAAUAUGUAGAAAUUCAGUUCAGUAGAGGUGGUGAGCCGGAUGGUGGGAAAAUAUCAAAUUUUUUAUUAGAAAAGUCUAGAGUUGUUAGUCAGAAUAUUAAAGAAAGAGGUUUUCAUAUAUUUUAUCAAUUGUGUGCUGGUGCAACAAGUGAAAUGAAAGAGAAUCUUGGAGUUACAACACCAGAGUAUUAUUAUUAUUUAAAUCAAUCCGCUACCUAUGAUGUAGAAGGUACAGAUGAUAGUAAAGAAUUUCAGGAUACACUGAGAGCUAUGCAGGUUAUAGGUAUACCAGAUACUACACAGAUGGAUAUAAUGUCUAUAGCAGCAGGUAUAUUACAUCUAGGUAAUAUAAGUUUUACAGAAGAUGGAAAUUAUGCUGUAGUAUCAGAUGAUGAAUUUUUACCGUUCCCAGCAUUUCUAUUUGGAAUAGAUCAAGAAUUGUUACGUGAUAAAUUAACGGGUAGAGUCAUGGACAGUAAAUGGGGAGGUAAAUCUGAAUCUAUAGCUAUGAAAUUAAAUAAGGAACAAGCAGAAUAUACCAGAGAUGCUUUAGCUAAAGUUCUAUAUGCUCGUGUUUUUGAUUAUCUUGUUACAUCUGUAAAUAGUGCCAUGCAGAAAGAUAAAGAAGAAGUGAAUGUAGGAAUUUUAGAUAUCUAUGGUUUUGAAAUAUUCCAAAGAAAUGGUUUUGAGCAGUUUUGUAUUAAUUAUGUUAAUGAGAAAUUACAGCAGAUUUUUAUAGAAUUAACUUUGAAAGCUGAACAAGAAGAGUAUGUACAAGAAGGUAUAAAGUGGACACCUAUAGAGUAUUUUAAUAAUAAGAUAGUAUGUGAUUUAAUAGAAGAAAAGAAACCACCAGGUAUUAUGUGUGUACUGGAUGAUGUCUGUGCCACCAUGCAUGCUGUGUCAGAGGGAGCAGAUAGUAAAUUUCUUGAGAAAUUACAAGGUGCUGUCGGUACUCACAAUCAUUAUCAGGGUUCGAACUGUGGCUUUAUUAUACAUCAUUAUGCAGGCAAAGUAACAUAUACAUCAGAUGGUUUCUGUGAGAGAAAUAGGGAUGUUUUAUUUUCAGAUCUUAUACAACUCAUGCAGGGUAGUACCAAUGAGUUUAUAGCUGAUUUAUUUCCUGAAGAUGUUUCUUCUACAACCAAAGGUCGUCCCACAACAGCUAGUUCUAAAAUAAAGACUCAGGCAAAUAAAUUAGUUGUAACACUGAUGAAAUGUACACCACAUUAUAUUCGUUGUAUUAAACCUAAUGAAACAAAGAAAGCCAGAGAUUGGGAGGACAGCAGAGUGAAACAUCAAGUGGAAUAUUUAGGAUUAAAAGAGAAUAUCCGAGUAAGAAGAGCUGGUUUUGCAUUUAGAAGAGAAUUUAGGAAAUUCUUAAAGAGAUAUAAUAUCCUUACACCUGAAACAUAUCCAGAAUGGCACGGUGAUCCUAAACAAGGUAUAAAACAUCUCAUGAACUCUGUUAACAUGGAUCCAGAUCAGUUUCAGAUGGGAAGAACAAAAGUUUUUGUUAAAAAUCCUGAAUCUCUGUUUUUAUUAGAAGAAAUGAGAGAGAGAAAGUAUGAUAAAUUUGCUCGUGUUAUACAAAAGGCUUACAGAAAACAUUUUGCCUGGAAACAGUAUUUUAAACUUAGGGAAGAAGCAUCUGAUAUUCUAAUGAAUAAGAAGGAGCGAAGAAGAUUCAGUUUGAAUCGUAAUUUUGUUGGUGACUAUAUUGGUUUGGAUGAUGCACCAGAGUUACGUGCUCUUGUUGGUAAGAGAGAAAGGAUAGAGUUUGCAGAUUCUGUUACUAAAUAUGACAGAAGAUUCAAGAGUGUGAAGCGUGACUUAUUAUUAACGGGAAAGAAUCUGGUGUUGAUUGGUUUAGAACUGAUAAAGAAAGGACCAGAGAAAGGAUUAAAGAAGUUGGUUGUUAAAAGACAGAUACCUAUUGAUCAAAUCUCUUCUGUUUCUCUCAGUACCCUACAAGAUGACUUCUUUAUAUUAAAUGUAGUCAAUGAAUACAGUAGUUUCUUAGAGUCUGUGUUUAAAACUGAAUUUCUCACAGUUUUAUCUCGUAAAUAUAAAGAUAGAACGGGUAAAACGAUACCAUUAAACUUCUCAGAUAGUUUAGAGUUUAGUGUAAAGAAAGAAGGAUGGGGAGGUGGAGGAAGUCGAACUGUGAAGUUUAUACGAGGUUCAGGAGAUACAGCAAUAUUAAAGCCAUCAUCUAAAGUUCUAACUGUAUCUAUAGGAUCAGGGUUACCUAAAGAUUCUAGACCUGGGCGUAAAAAUGUAAGUAAUGGAGCCGCCAGACGGCCAGCUAAUAAAAGACCUGGAAUACCUCCGCCACAAGGUAUUACAUCAAGUAGACGAGGACCAGCACCACGAGGCCCUGCUCCAUCACGUCCAGCACCUGCUGUACCCCAUGGUCAAGUACCCCCUCCACCAACAUCUCAUCCUCCAUCACGAAAUCAGAUGCAAAGACAAACAAGUAAAGAUAUUCAGAAUAAAUUAGUAAAGCAACAUUCCAGAUCCAGUACAUCUGACAAGGCACCAUCAUUACCACGUGAAGGAGCACAGAAACUAGCGAAAAAAAUCAAUCAAGCUGUUUUAAACAAUAAUAAUGAAUAUUUAUCAACGCCUGAAGCUGGAGUUGCAGGGCAUCAUACUAACAUCAUAGAGACUUAUAACAAGGAAAUGCAAAGACAGAAUCAAGGUAAGAAAAAACCCAAUCCAGGUGCAGGACGACCAAAACCUAAACCAAGUAUUAAACCUAAACCAACCUUACCACAAGCUAAGUGUUUAUUUGCUUAUGAUGCCCAGGAUACAGAUGAACUUAGUUUUAAUGAGGGGGAGAUUAUAGACAUAGUCAGAGAAGAUCAAUCAGGUUGGUGGGUAGGUAAAUUACGAGGCAGAGAAGGACUCUUCCCAGCUAAUUAUAUUGAAAAAAUGUAAACCAUUUCCAAAAUCUAUUUUUACUGGAUAUGUUAAGUUUUAGUAUGAUUAAGGAACAAUGUAUAAUAUACUGAAUGUAUAUUUGAAAGAGGAAGAUAGUUACAUAUAUUGAUAUGUAAAUAUUGGAAUUUGUAUAUAAAACAGACAUGCUGACAAGCUAUAUGUAUUUAUAUUAUAAGCUUGAAAUAUAUGCACUGCUGUAGAUGUAAAUAUUAAUUUUUAAUUGUAUAUAACGUACCUGUCAGUUGAAAAGGGACACUUUCAUGGAACUUUUGAUUUUACUUAUUUCAAUCAGUUUCAUUGAUUAUAAAUGUAUAUUAUACGAGCGGAGCUGACAUUGUUUAAUAAAUAAUCUCAAGGGAAAUUAUCUCAUUCUGAUUAACAUUAACUGUUAUCUUAACUCUUAAAACCACGGAUCAUCAUAUUAUACAUUUUUCGGACAAUAUCCAACUUUCUACAGAUUCAUGUACUAAGAAUGAAUAUCAACAGUGGAUAAUCUUGUGACUUGGAUUCAAUUAGAUUUAAAAGAGGCCCAUCAAAAGAUUUUACCCAACAUAUAUAGGUGACGCUGGCUUGUUUAUAUCAUCUGAAGACGAUACUUAAUGUGGAAAAAUUUUCAAUUCAUGACAUACUGAAAUAGAUUAAACCAUAUUAAACUGAUGUUCCUUUUAGAGAUUCAAUGACCCUCAAAUGAGGAUUAGCAGCUUUAAUUCACUGAAAUAUUGAGAUGUUAAUAUAUACUGUUAAUGAAUAGUAAACAUACACCUAGUGUAUAAUGUAUGUAUCUAUGUUAUGUAAAAUAUAAGUGCCACUUUUUAUAGAUCUUACUGUUUCCAUCCAUUUAAAAUGCAUUUUGCACUUAAUCAGAGACUAAUUUGGUUUAUUUAAAAUAUUGAAUAUCAAAGUAUAACAAAAUACUUAAAUGAGAAGUGGAAUUGGGUGUUCUAAAAUGAUGUAACAAUAACCUACCUUGACCCGUGCAAGAUAUUAUACAUCCCUUACUAUAGACAGAAAGUCUUAUCUCAUGAUAUAUUUUUAUAAGAAAAUGUUAGUACCUGUAUAUGUUUGUGUGUCUUUGGCUAUCUGUGAUAUUGACGUACUGUAUCAGGUUUAAAAAAGAUUUUUCAUGAAGUUAUAGUUUUAUGCAAUUUGACGACAUUCCAAUAUACAUAUUAAUGUGUUGCCUUAGUGAAUUUCUUUUUACUACCAUAGUUAGUAUAAAAACAAAGUCAUUACCUUGUGAACAAAUAAGAUAUAUGUCUAGUAAAGGGAAGACAACCAGAAUGGUCUCUAAAUAAUUAAAUUUGUAUAAUCCUUGAGUGGCAAUGAUUUAUAAGGUAUAAUUAAAACUUAUAUUUGCAGAAUUAUUUUGUGAUACAAUAUGAAUAAUCAUUCAGUACUGUGUUUUCUGCAGAAUUAUAUUCUAUGUACAUAACCUUUCAUAAAUUCAUCCUACUUUAAUUAUUCUUUUAUUAUAAAUAUUUUUAUAUACUGGAAUAGAUCAGUACAGAACUGCAGCCAUAAUUUGUUAUGUAAGCUACAUUUUAUUAGAAAGUUAAUAACUUAUUUAUACUGGUAUUGUUCUCAUUUAACCAUGACUACCGAAAUAGUGCUGAAUUUUUUUCUGUAAAUACACAUAAUUUGAAAAUAUUACCUACAUACUACUUAACAUUAUUGUGUUACCUGUGAUAAAGGCCAUACAAAUUUAAAAAAAAAAAAAAAAAUACACCCAUUGAUUAAAUUUAAAACUCAACCAAUGCUUAAAUUUGGCAGCUUCAAAGUUCAAACAGGUUAACACUUUGUUCAAUUGACACUAGCAACAGGCAACUGAAAUUAGGACUUAUUAGGAGUAAAAUAAGGUUUUUAUGGCCUUGGGCCCUUAUGUACUGUUAUUCCAUUUUUAUUCCAGGGUUUUCUGUUAUACAUUUUCAGUUGGAGAUAUGUAAUGUUUGGUAUAGACAAUUUUCUAUUACCAGUAGGUGGACAUCUAUCAACAUUUUAUUGUACAAACUUGGAUAUAAUUCUUUCCCUGACUUAUAUAAACUAUAUAUAUGUAAAUAUUACUUAUAUGUGUAUAAUGUAUAUAUAAAGCUUAUAAUUAUGUUAAAUUAUAUAUAAGGCUUAUUUUACAUUAUAUCUUGCUGCCAUAUAUUUAUACAAAUAGUCCCAUAGACAUAUUUGACCAACAUUGUCUAUGUUGGCUAAAUAUGUCUUUAAAAUUCUGAUAUAGGUCUUUCAUCAGAAUUAGGCUAGAUUAUAGCACUUCUCCACAUAGUCAAUUGACUAUAUCUGCAUCAUAGUAAGACAUGCUCAGUAAAUGGGGAUGCUAACUGUUGAUUACAGUAUUUGUCUUACACUGUAUUACCCUUUAAAUAUAGCGACAAAAUGUUAUGUAGUUUCAAAAUUGAUAUGUAUUGAGUAGCCUGUAUGUAUUACUCUUAUGUGCGAUGGCUUGUGCUUCAAAUAUUUCUCACAGUGUCCUUUCCCCUACUUAUUCUGUUACAUAAGAAAUUAAGUUAGCUGGAUGUGCUAUAUGGCAAUUUAGUUAUUUUUCUUUCCAGUAUUUAGUCUGUGUUAUAAUUUUGUUACAUAUUAUAUAGAAUGUUAUUUGUAAAUGUUCAUAACAAUCAGGUAGCUAUACUAGACAGACAUAUAUUUUAGAUAAAUUUAUUUAACCUUAAAGUAUUUUUAUAUAUCUGUAUAUUGUAUUAUUUCAAAGAUAAUUUAAACAAAAUGAACAUUACACAAUUAAAAGCUUGUUUAGAAUUUAUAUGUUCUUGGCUUGUUUAAAAGUUUUUGUUAUUGUUUGGAAGAAUGUAUUUUGUUUAGGAAGGUGGAUGUGGAAUAUGAAGUUACAUAUAGUAAAUACAUACUUCUAUGUAGUAUUGUAGCUACAGUGACCCAGAAGGCAAAUAAUCAUUCUCCUUGUUUAAGUUAACAAAGAUAAGGGCUGAAAAGUGUUCAUUAGAAAGAAAUUUAGAUGGUUAGAAAAACAAAAUAUCAAUUUAGGUAAAUGGUCAUUGACCAAAAUACGUAUCCUGAAGUCAUUGACUGACAUGUCCAAAAUCAAAAUGUUCACAAUCUGAAAUCAUAGAUGGCCAUAACUCACUUUCUUUAUGAUUGAGCAAUUUUAGAUGAGUGUACUUUUUGGUAAGAUACUUUUUCGGGAUAAUAUCUGAAAUUCUGUAUUAAUCUUUUAGUGCUCUAUGGGUAGCCAUAUUGGCUCAGUGAGUUUGAUGCUGGCUCACUAAACAGGAUGUCCUUGGUUCGAUACUGCUGUUCUAUAAGAUUUCCCAGUCCGGUGCUGUAUGGUGGGCCUAGGAAAGAAUAAGGAUCUACUGAUCUCGUCAUUUAGAUGUGAUGUAGUAGGGAGAUCCACCUAUACUAGUUGGCAUGCACGUAAAAAAAAAAAAAUGAAAUGGGGUUUACUGUUUUACUUUUCUGCACCAACCAGGCCUAUGAAGACGGGCACACCAUGCAGUCUGUUAUGGGGAAAUUUUAGCCUGACAACGGCUUUAUCUCGUACUCUUUGUAGGAUUCAUUUACGUGCACACCAACAAGAAUAGGUAAAUCGCUAUAUUGUCCUAUGUGAACAACUCACCGCUGUUCCUUGCCAGGCUCUCCGUCCCGGCACCACAGACAAGUUUUAAUUGUCAAAUGAGAGAAAAUAGAUGUCCAACUGAUAUGAAACAGAAAAUGUAUUUUAAUCUAAUUGUUACAGGGUAUGCAAUACUUUACACUGAAAUUGUUUUAAAGAGUUUGUUAUAGCCAUAUUGGUUCUAUGUACAUUACUAAUAUACUGAGAUGCAUAUUUUUAUAUAGAUGAUUGUAAAUCUGGGUUGAGUGAUACACUUUAAUUUUUCAAUGUAACAACAUCAGAUCACUGUGGUAACACAUGAAUGAUGUUUUCACCACAGAUCAGUUCAGUAAAGCACAAUAAAUUGAAUGGGAAUAUGUUGCAUUUCUGUGGAACCACCAGAACACACUAUUUCAUUAAUUCAAUAGGGCAAGUACAAGAAUUGUCGCAUGAAGGAUUCGAUGCCAUCACAUUACCAUCCUGAGAAUGACUGGGUGACUCCUUCCAUCAGAUAAGAGAUGGGUCGCAACAUAUGAUAGCAAUUUGAUAAAACUGGCACAUCAUCUGCAGAAUCACACGCUGCCUAUUGCUACUGCGAGGGGUCCACAUUGGUUAAUCAGUGUUAACACAGUUCAUAACUUGCAACACUCUGCGAUCCCUGCAUUGGCCGAGAAAGUUCAUCCAGAUUUUCCGGUGUGGUUCCCCCUUGUCAGUGAUGCAGGACAGCUGUCUAGUUGUUCGGAUAGGACGAAAAACCGAGGUCCCGUGUACACAUUGGCCUGCAUGUAAAAGAUCCCUUGACAGUUGGAAUUCGAUAUAAGAGUAGGCUGUAGUGCUACUGUCCGGGCAAAACUUCCCUCAUAGCACAUUGUAUGGCAUAUACCUGUCUUCAUUAGCCCAGUUCAGAGCAGAACAGUAGGACAUUAAACCCCAUUUCAUUUCAUUUGAUUUCAUUGCAACACACUGUGUGCCGAAUGAGCCAGACAAACUUACAUUGCACCAGUUCUGACUCAAUGCCAUUAUAGACUUGAUUUUUAUCCCUUGUGACUACUUUUCACGGUGAGGUUUUCAUUGCGUCUCAGUAUAUUAUUCUUGCACAAAGUUAUCGUGACAUAAAGUUUUUUUUCUACUAUCAAUAUGUUUGCCUUUAGUGUUAUAAGUGUAUUAAUUAAUAUCAGGUUUCAACACUUUAACAAUAUUUUACAUGCUUUAUUUAUUAAAUUACCUCUUAAUUGUCUUUAUUGUAUUAUCAGCUUACAUUGUAUGGUACAUUAUUAUUAUAAUUAUAGCAAAAUUUAAUAGAAUUAAAAAAAUGAUUCUUAUGUAAAUAUUGGCAAUAAAAUAUUACCGAUCUCGUUA